AGGCUCGGGAGUACAGAUAAGAUUUUAGUCUCGACUUAAAGGAGUCGAUGGAGGGGGCAGUUCUGAUGGGAAGAGGGAUGCUGUUCCACAGUCUAGGAGCUGCAACCGCAAAGACGCGGUCGCCCCUGAGCUUAUGCCUAGACCGCGGGAUAUUCAGCAGCCCCAAGUCGGUCGAUCUGAGGGGGCCUGGAGGUGGAGUGGUGGGUGAGAAGACUUUUAAUGUAGGAGGGGGCAAGCCCGUUGAGGGUUUUGUAGACAUAGAGGAGGGUCUUGAAAUGUAUAUGGAACCGCACAGGGAGCCAGUGGAGAGAGGCCAGGAUCGGGGUGAUGUGGUGCAGCGGUAGAAUUUCCACCGUACAGCGCCGUUAGUGUCCCGGGUUCGAUCCCCGCCACGUGUGCUUUCUGCACGGAGUUUGUACCUUCUCCCCGUGACCUGUGUGGGUUUUCUCCAAGAUAUUUGGUUCCCUCCCACACUCCAAAGACUUACAGGGCUGGUUAGGGUUAAUUGGCUUGGUGUAUGUGUAAUAGUGUUAGUGUGUGGGGGUGGCUGGUCAGAAUGGGCUCGGUGGGCCGAAGGGCCUGUUUCCGCGCUGUGUCUCUAAACUAGGUCUUUAUUCUCUGGAGCGCAGAAGGUUAAGGGGGGACCUGAUAGAGGUCUUUAAAAUGAUGAGAGGGAUAGACAGAGUUGAUGUGGACAAGCUUUUCCCUUUGAGAAUAGGGAAGAUUCAAACAAGAGGACAUGACUUCAGAAUUAAGGGACAGAAGUUUAGGGGUAAUAUGAGGGGGAACUUCUUUACGCAGAGAGUGGUAGCGGUGUGGAAUGAGCUCCCAGUGGAAGUGGCGGAGGCAGGUUCAUUGGUAUCAUUUAAAAAUAAAUUGGAUAGGCAUAUGGAUGAGAAGGGAAUGGAGGGUUAUGGUAUGAGUGCAGGCAGGUGGGACUAAGGGGAAAAAAAUUUGUUCAGCACGGACUUGUAGGGCCGAGAUGGCCUGUUUCCGUGCUAUAAUUGUUAUAUGGUUAUAUGGUUAUACUAAACUAAAAGUACAGAACAGGAACAGGCCAACAUUGUCUGUGCCAAACAUGAUGCCAGGAUAAACUAAUCUCAUCCGUCCGCAUAUGAUCCAUAUCCCUCCGUUCCCUGCUGAUCCACAUGCCUAUCUAAAAACAUCUUAAACACCAUCACCACUUCUGGCAAUGUGUUCCACGCAUCUACCACUCUGUGUGAAAUAUCUUGGCCCUCACAUCUCCUUUAAACUUUUCCUUCUGUGUUUGUGCAUGGGAUUGGGAAGAUUGGGCGGCAUGGACAAAUUGGGCCGAAGGGCCUGUUUUCAUGCUGUACGACUCUUAUGAAUUUUCAUAAAGGUUUCGAGGGAUAUGGGCCAAACGCAGGUAGGUGGGACGAGUGUAGAUGGGAUAGUCAUAAAAAGCUGGAGUAACUCAGUGGGUCAGACAGCAUAUCUGUUGAAAAGGAACAGCAUGGCUAAGCCAUUUUCAUGGUCUGAUUUUCACCCAAGUACCCGUUGUACGCUAUAUUAACGUAUAAAAUUCUUAAAGGGAUUGUACACGCUAGAUGCAGGAAACAUGUUCCCAAUGUUCGGGGUGUCCAGAACCAGGGGUCAUGGUUUAAGAAGUAGGGGUAGGCCAUUUAGGAUUGGGAUGAAGACAAACCUUUUCACCCAGAGAGUUGUGAAUUUGUGGAAUCCUCUGCCUCAGAAGGCAGUGGAGGCCGAUUCACUCGAUACAUUCAAGAGAGAGUUCGAUAUAAUGUAGAUCUUAGGGCUAAUGGAAACAAGGGAUGUGGGAAGAAGGCAGGAACGGGGCACUGAUUUUGGAUGUGUAGGAAGGAGCUGCAGACAAUAGACAAUAGGUGCAGGAGUAGGCCAUUCGGCCCUUCAAGCCAGCACCGCCACUCAAUGUGAUCAUGGCUGAUCAUCUACAAUCAGUACCCCUUUCCUGCAUUCUCCCCAUAUACCCUGGCUCCGCUAUCUUUAAGAGAUCCUAUCUAGGUCUCUCUUGAAAGUAUCCAGAGAACCGGCCUCCACCGCCCUCUGAGGCAGAGAAUUCCACAGACUCACAACUCUCUGUGUGAAAAAGUUUGCCCUCAUCUCAGUCCUAAAUGGCUUUCCCCUAAUUCUUAAACUGAGGCAGAGAAUUCCACAAACUCACAACUCACUGUGUGAAAAAGUGUUUCCUCAUCUCCGUUCUAAAUGGUUUACCCCCUUAUUCUCAAAGCAGAUGCUGGUUUAAACCGAAGAUAGACACAAAAAAGCUGGGGUAACUCAGCGGGACAGGCAGUAUCUCUGGAGAGAAGGAAUGGGUGGCGUUUCAGGUCGAGACCCUUCUUCAGACUGUUCCCGUUGAGUUACUCCAGCUUUUUGGGUCUACUGAUUGUGGAUGAUCAGCCUUGAUCAAAUUGAAUUGGAAGAUUCAAGCAAGAGGACAUGAUUUGAGAAUUAAGGGACAAAAGUUUAGGGGUAACAUGAGGGGGAACUUCUUUACUCAGGGAGUGGUAGCUGUGUGGAAUGAGCUUCCAGUGGAAGUGGUGGAGGCAGGUUCGAUUUUAUCAUUUAAAAAUAAAUUGGAUAGGUAUAUGGAUGAGAAGGAAAUGGAGGGUUAUGGUCUGAGUGCAGGUAGAUGGGACUAGGUGAGAGUAAGUGUUCGGCACGGACUAGAAGGGCCGAGAUGGCCUGUUUCGAUGCUGUAAUUGUUAUAUGGUUAUAUGGUUAUAUGAAUGACGGUGUUGUCUCGAAGGGCCGAAUGGUCUACCCCAGCGCCCAUUUUCUAUGUUUCUAUGACUUGCAGUAUCAUCAAAGACCCACACCAUCCUGGCCACACACUCAUCUCCCUGCUACCUUCAGGUAGAAGGUACAGGAGCCUGAAGACUGCAACAACCAGGUUCAGGAAUAGCUACUUCCCCACAGCCAUCAGGCUAUUAAACCUGGCUCGGACAAAACUCUGAUCAUUAAUAACCCACUAUCUGUUAUUUGCACUUAAUCAGAUUAUUUAUUCAUAUGUGUAUAUUAUUUAUACGGUGGUAUAUGGACACACUGACCUGUUUUGUAGUCAAUGCCUACUAUGUUCUGUGUGCUGAAGCAAAGCAAGAAUUUCAUUGUCCUAUACAGGGACACAUGACAAUAAACUCACUUGAAGUCUAUCUGUCUCAAUGCUGUUUCUGGGAUCUACCUGUAGCUAUGUGUCAGUGCGCAGUCACGCCUCUCAGAACCACUGUAUGCCUUUUCCGUCUCGGUAAUGGGACGAAGGCAGCGUUUCUCUUUCACGCCUCGGAUGAAACUGAAUAUCCGGCGUAAAUUUAAAAGCCGGGUCCUCCACCCGCGGAGUUUCUCUUUCGGGUGACUUUGGCUGGGGUUUUUUUUCCGAUGGAGUGAUUUCGGGGUAUUUCCCUCCUCGUUACAUCACUGUUGUGUGUGUGUAGGCGGAGGCGGCGGCUUUAUAUAUACACUGCAGACACACAUGUACACCACACACACACACAUCAAUCUCAGAGCAACAUCAGCCAGUAGCUGCAACAAUCAGACACCAUGAUCAAGUCAAGUCCGCUGGACCCAGAGAAGGGAGCGAUAGUCGUUAUCCGAGAAGCAAACUCGAGGAGGAGGCACCUCUGGCCGGCUCUCUGCGCCCUGGCAGUUCUUGCCUUGUUGGCCGUCACUUCAUAUCUGGUUCUCUCGCAAAUAAGACAGAAUGGCAGCGAUUCACAGUUGCAGUUGGAGGAUGCGACCUCAGCGGACAACGCAUUGCCUCAUCUCAUGAAACAGAUUGGAGAUGACCCAAGAGGAAGGAUUGCAGCUCAUCUCGUCGCAUCAACAAACAGACCAGGAAAGGAGUUGAUCUGGGAGAAAACGGUCCUGCCAAGUAACGUGGUGGGAAUGGACUUUGUGAACAACGGCCUGGUCAUCGAGACCCGUGGCUUCUACUUUGUCUACACCCAGGUGGUCUUUUACGGCAAGGAUUGCCCAGAUCAUGCCAUCUACCUGAGUCACAACAUCACCUCCAGGGCGAAGGGCAGCCAAGACACCAACCUGCUCCUGAAGGCCAUGAAGUCCGCCUGUCACUUCCGCCAGCACCAGCAGCUGUGGUACAAGACCUCCUACCAGGGGGGUGUGUUCGAGUUUGACGUGGGAGACCAGGUCUACUCCAUGGUCAAUGAGUGGAUGCUGAACUAUGUGGACAAUUCCUCGGGGAAAACUUUCUUUGGUAUGUUUGCCUUGUGAGGAGCCAGGUGCAUGGGCAAGGAUGGGGGAUAUUGUUCACUGCGAGAUGCAUGACUGGACUUUGUUGGGGCAUGCUGUCCUAAAUUACAUUAAUUGCACUUUCAGAUUUGUUACUGUGUUUGAAGUACUCAUGUAUGUUUACAGUUUGGCAGGUGGCACUGACAGCAAUUCUUCUAUACAUCUCCUUCAUCUCUUUCACUCUCCCUCUCUCUUUCUCCCUCUCGUUCCUUCCCUCCCCCCCCCCCCUCUCUUUCUCUCUCUCCACCUCCUAUCCUUCCAUCACUCCCCUUCUGUCCCAUUCACACUCUCCCUCCGUACAUCUCUCCUUCACUCUCUCCCUCUCUCUCUCCCCUCUCCCUCUCUCCCUGUGGAUUCAGGAUGUGGUACUAAGCUGUCAGAUGUGUUUGGGCAUUACUGGAAUACCUAUGUGGUAAACCCCAGCUCUGUUAAACAGCCUCAACAAGGUGCCAAUGGCAAUUUACCUGUAAUCCACUUUGAGGACCUGUAAUCCACCUGUAAUCCAUCUGCCCACUUGUUGGUGAUUAAUUGUAUUGUCCUUAUUGUCAAAGAGAGGAAUUCGAUGGGAGAUUUCCUUUGAAAGAUAUAACUGAUAUAAUUUAUAUUGAAUUUGUGUUUAAAUGUAUUGAUCUUAUUGAAACAGGUACUCCCGAGGGAGAAUGUACGCAGACAAUCCCAAGAGCUGAUAAGCAAGGCACCUGGUCUGAUAUUCAGACUGUUUACCUUAAUGACCAGUUAUUGAUCCCUUGAAGGGUCUAAUCAAUGUAUUGUCUCUCUCUGUAAAACACACAAUGAUGGAGUAACUCAGCAGAUCUGGGGGACAUGGGUGAAGCCACGCUUUGGGACGAGGACCUUCUACAGGUUUGGUCCCGAUGUUGGAUCCCAUCUGCUCGAGGACAUUCUCCAGAUUCGGUCUCUAGGGGCAGGUUUCUGCAAAGGCGCUGAGCUUGCUGGCUGGAGAGUGGACCCAGUCAGUCGACUUGCUUUCCAAAUGGCUAAUUGUGGUCAUCGUUCAGGGGGAAGAUGCAACUUUUCCACGUUGCAACUAGUUGCCACCCAGCCCACUAAGAAUACUAUUCCAUGAACGCUAUGAGUCAGCUGCCCACUCAAAACAAAACAGUCCACAUUGGGUAAUUUGGUCAAGUUUCAAGUUCAAGUUUGCAAGUCUUCAUUCUUUGGCCCGGGGUUUUUUCCUUCAACGGGAUGUGAGCUGCUCGCAUCCGUGCUUCUGGAACGUCGGGAGUUCUUCCCGAACCCCGGCAAUUCCAAUCCCGCCACCACGUCCUUGCAGAAACCUGAGACCUUCAUCACCAAUCUGCCGGCAAUGAUCCUGGGGAGGGGCACAUGUCCCAUUUCACCCAGGGGGAACGUGUUCAACCCAGAGCACCCCACUGUUAGACGUCAACUCUGGCAAUUGCCAGAGGAAAG